AUGACGGCACUUGGAAAAGCUCUGCACUGUAAAGCUGAAUUUGAUGUCACGAGUAAAGAAGCCAGGCUGACAGUUGAAACCCAGGCGGAUGAUGCAACACAUCGUGCAUACUCCCUUCUUACUGGAUCCCUAAACAGUAAUGGCCUUGAGAUGAACAUAGAAGGUUUACUGAAUUUCGAAGAUGGAUGUGGGACUCACAAAGGCACACUUACUUUUGGAGCAGAUGGCUUGGCCACCAGUUGCAUGACAACUGUUGAGGGAAGCUCUUUGACUUUUGAGAAUACCAUCAAUGCUGGUAUUGAUGGUGAUGGAGCCUCUAUGUCUGUUGUAUCAAAAGGAUCAGCACAGGAUAACACAAUUGAGCUCAGUGCAGAGGGUAUAAGAUUUCACCCAAAGAAGCGUAUCUAA